UUUAAAGGUGAAUAUUUUAUCAUAGAAAUAUAUGUUGCAAAAAACAAACGUGCUUCUUUACUAAGCUAAAAUACAAAAUUACAUUGACACAUAGGUGCAAUGGGUGCAGAGAGAAACAUUGCGAAGUGCACUGUACGUUAAUGUUGCAGGGUUCUUUGUGAUGGCAAACAUGUACAGUGUAAGACUUGGUGCCCAGCUGCAAACCAUUGCCACAGUUUGCAAGGUGUUUGCUCUUCUUAGUAUCAUCGUAGGAGGGAUUUUACAUAUAUGUCAAGGUCACACAGAAAACUUCAGCGAACCGUUCAGACCCACAAGCCUAGACCCCGGUAAUGUUGCUUUGGCAUUUUAUGCUGGGCUGUAUGCGUAUGGAGGCUGGGACAACGUCAACGUGGCUGUAGAAGAAGUCGUGAAUCCACACAGAACCAUCCCAUUAGCUGUUCUUGGUGGACUUGCCAUACCGACCUUUGCCUACAUUCUUGGCAACGUUGCUUACCAUGCUGUUCUCACUAGUGACGAGAUUCUUUCUGGAAUUGCAGUUGCUGUUACUUUCGGAGAAAGAAAGCUGGGAUUGUUCAAGUGGAUCAUUCUACCUUGUGUGGCGGUAUCAGCGGGCGGGAUAGCAAAUGCUGUAAUAUUCACUUCGUCCAGGUUAAACUUUGUUGGAGGACGUGAUGGACUGUUCCCUCGAUUCCUGGGCAUGGUGAACGUACAGCGGAGGACACCACAGCCCUCCAUCAUUACUCUGUUCGUGGUUGCCAUCAUACUCAUGUGUCUUGGAGAUGUCAGGUCUGUCCUCGGAGCAUACUCCUUCUUCAAAGCAGGAGGGGAGUUUUUAGGCGUUCUGGGAAUUUUCAGAAUUCGACGCAAACAUCCAGCUACCAAACAGACAUAUAAGGUUCACUGGGUGUUCCCCGUCACCUAUGUUGUUUUUUUCCUGGUGUUGUCCAUCACAGCUGUCGUGUACGAGCCUGGAACAUACAUAGUCCCCUUCUGCAUCAUGCUGCUGGGUGUCCCCCUGUACUAUCUGUCCAGAAGUCGCUGGGGGCAACGUGGGCAUCUAGCAACACUUAACAGUAUGUGUAACGUCCAUACCCGCAACCUGUUCCAGUCUUUGUAUGUCGCAUACCCUACACAAUGGCAGAUUACAAGAAUGAAUUUCCUUUCCUUCACCUCCUGUAGUACCAUGCUUAUGGUAUCUGUUACAUAUAAUGAAUAUUAAUAUUGCCACAAAUACAAACGUUGUAAAAAAAACUUUGAGUUGUCAUGUUAUGAAAACUCUCUCUUUCGGAAUGAAACCAAAAAAAUUGCUGAUGGAUGUUGAUUUCUUUG